UUCAAAAUAAACAUUGAAGUCUCUCCGGCAUAAUAACGAAAUUUUAUGAAAUUAAAAAGUGACAAACUGAAUCGAUUAUUUUUUCAAAAUUUGCUUCGCAUCUCCUAUAUAAUGGGUAAGAGAAAAGCCACGAAUAACGCAAAUAAUCCUAAUCAAGAUCUGUGUGAUUUUUUGUUGGAACUAGCAGAUUUUGAACGUAAUGUCAGUAAGAAUAUUUAUAAGUACAAUGCAUAUCGUAAAGCAGCUGGGACAUUAAGCGCUUUACCAGAGAGAGUUAAAAGUGGAGAAGAAGCAAAGAAAUUACCUGGUAUAGGAAUAAAAAUUGCAAAGAAGAUAGAUGAAUUUCUUCAAACUGGAAAGUUGCAAAAACUAGAAGAUAUUAGAAAAGAUGAAAAUAAUAUUGCUAUUAGUUUAUUGGCUCGUGUAUCAGGCAUAGGUCCUGCCAAGGCCAAAGAAUUAGUAGAUGCUGGCAUCAAAACAUUGGAAGACCUUAAAAAACAUCAAAAUAUGCUGACACAUCAUCAGAAGCUGGGAUUAAAAUAUUUUGAUGACUUUGAGAAGAAAAUACCUAGAGCAGAAAUUAUACAGAUAGAGGGUAUACUAAGAGAUGCUAUGAAGGAAAUAAGUCAUGAUUAUCUUGUUACUAUUUGCGGAAGUUAUAGACGAGGCAAAGAGGAAAGUGGAGAUAUUGAUGUUCUCAUAACACAUCCUGAUUAUACAUCAAAAACAAAAGAUGCAAAAAAGAAAAAUAUAUCACUGAAAACAAUUGUUGAAUGUCUCGAAGAGAAAAAAUUGAUUACAGAUACAAUAUCUCUUGGAUCUACUAAAUUCAUGGGAGUUUGUCAAUUACGGAAAAGUAAACAUAAGCCCUUUAGAAGAUUGGAUAUACGACUAACAUUUUAUGAUCAAUAUUAUUGUGCCAUACUGUAUUUCACAGGGAGUGAUUUAUUCAACAAAAAUAUGAGAGCACAUGCAUUAGAGAAAAAAUAUACUUUGAAUGAAUAUGCGCUUAAACCUCUCACAAUUGAAGGUUGUCCAGGAGAACCUGAAAAAAUUACAUGCGAAGAAGAUAUCUUUGAAAUCCUAGGCUUGCCCUAUAAAGAUCCAAAAGAUAGAAAUGUAUAAAUAAAAUGUUUCUUUCUAUAUCAAUAAUAUAUCGC